AUCGCCCCGGAUGCGUGUAGGUGUUCGACGAUGUCAAAGCCGAUCAAGAUGUUGGCCGACUCCGAUGACGUCUGGGGCGUAUUCUUGCCGUCUGAUUACCAACAGAUUAUUUUGCGAUCUGCGACGCCGGUUGUCUACUCAUGCUUGAAGCAACUUUACCUUCGUCUUUCGGACUCACCUAUCCUGCUUGAUGGGGCAAAUUUGAGCUUUGUUCUGGAGAAGGAGAGUGGAAAGAAAUGUUUGAUGCUUGGAGCACGGAAUCUCCAAAUUGUAUGGGGAGAUACUUCUCAAUACUGGAGAUGGAUGUCCGUACCUCGCUCAAGGCAGAGUGAAGACUCAGUUAUUGUCACCCAAGACUAUUUAUGCAGCAUACCUGGUAUUCAACCUUGCAAGGAGGAACUAUGGACUCGAAUCUUUUCCAAUGAAGGGAUUGCACAAUUGCCAGGGAAUGUAUUUCUGCCUCAUACGAGAAGAGAUGGAUGGUUGGAGAUUGAAUUGGGGAAUUUUUCAAUGACCAAGAGAAUGAGCUCGAGGUUGAGAUGCGAUUUUGGGGUUGGAACCAUCCACAUUGGAAAGGUGGACUCAUCGUGGAGGGAUUCGAGCUGCGACCCAAAGAGGAUCCACAAGUAA